GUCAAUGAUUCAUCACAUAUAUCGUCCGACCACACACAUCUCAUACAUGUGAAGAGAACUCGGCCUGCCUCCCUGCCAGCUGGCUACAAGGGGGCUUGCCAAGAUCGACAACCAGUCACUAAACACACCACACAGCACAGUAGAGGACACAACAGAUCGACACCACUAGACCCUCACUCUCAUGUUCUCAUUGACCUCCUUCUCCAGGCCGAAUCGCCUCAGCAAGCGGCGGAAGAGGCGCAUCGACACGGGCAGACGGACGUCGAGCGGACAUGAUGCAUCGGCAGCACAUGGCUCAGUCGUGCAGAGCUCGAUAUUCGACCCGAAGCGCACCCUCACAAAGGCAGCAAUGGUGUCGUCAGGCCGAAAUCCACUGAGAAUAACCAAGCGGCGGUAAGAACGACUCUUCCAGAGCCGGUAGCUGAUAGCGAUGCCCUCCUCGCCCGUGAGCUCAUCACUCAUCCGACUGUCGCUCCUGUCGACGUGUACACUCAGCACGACCCUGGACGCCGAACGGGGGUCUCGUGCGACCCAGCACUGGAGCAGCAUGUAGAGCAUCAGUGCUGUGAAGGAUGGGAAGAGUUUGUUGUCGUCGAUGACCACGGGAUUCUGUUGGUUGUAGCCCUUUCUGUAGGGGUCGCCAGGUGGCAGCUUUUCUUUGUAUUCGCCGAUGAUCGCCCUGUACAGCGGGUCGCCUCUGCACGCCACUCGAUGACCAAUGAGGGACAAAUAGACCGUUUCUGUCAGAGACAGCCGCCGUGAGGCCUUCGUGCGCACAUGAGCCGCCACCCAUCGAGCUGACAGCACCACCGGCAGCGUCCUGUCAGCCAUCAGCCGAUAGUUGACGGCCAGCCGAAUGAAGGCCCCAAUGUUCCUCCAGCCGUCGCCGCCUUGCUCCAGCACACGGGCGCACGCCAGGAAGUAGCCGAGACGGCUUGGACCACGCAGCCGGCGGGAACACCACGCAAGUCGGCGGAAGAUGGCAAGAAGUCCAGCUACAUAACCACCAGCAGCCACAUUCCCUCCGUACUCGCGGUCGAUGUCGAUGACGCCUCGGAGGGAAUUGCCUUCAAGACGGGCAUCGAUGCGCUUCAGCAAUAGAUCAGCGGUGACGACAGAAAUGUGGCUUUCUCGCGAGGUGCUGCGAAGCGCUGCCAAUUCACCCACGGACAGAAAAGGUACGAGCGCAUUGUGCCACACAUCGAUGGGAAGCAGGUCUGUCAUUUCGAGCUGCC